AAGUGGCACGCUGCUCUGAAAAAUAACACCGAGGUGCCUCUUUGCCUCCUCGUUCUCCAUCCACCGGUCCCACCCCCACACUCCCCGCCCUCCAGGUUUGCUGAGCUAGGGAGUGCAGGGGGGAGGUGUGAAAUGUCUCACGGGCAUAUCGAGAGAGAGAGAGAGAGAGAGAGACGCAGCAGGGGCUGCUUAUUUAAAAGGGCAGGAGUUCUGCGUCGGGGAGAGGGGAGAGAAGAGGAGAUUCCCUGGGAGCAUCUACCCCACCCGCUGCUCCUCUGCCCGGGAUGAUGGCUGCACAGCGGGCGGAUCUCCAGCUGCCCGCCGCCCCCUGGCCUCUGGCCCUCCCCGUCCAGGCGCUGGAGGGCGGCGAUCCGGACCCAGCCCUCGAGGGGCUGGGGGUCUGGCCGGAGGAGGAGGUCAGGGAGCGGCUGGUGCGCCUGGAGAGCCAGCGCACCCGGGUCAGGACCCCCCGCGGCCGCCUGAAGGAACGGCUGUGCUGGUCGGCGGAGGUGAGGCUGCGCGUCGGGGACCCGCGGGCCGGGGGCGGCCGGGAGAUCCGAUACGGCAGCGAGGGGCGGCCCGACAGCGGGUUCUUUCGCACCCGCGUGGAGCUGCGCCCUUGGACCAGCGGCACCCAGGUGGACAGGCCCCAAGGAGCAGAUGACGCAGUCGUGGAGGAGGUGGAACCGGCGGCUGCGGAGACCCUCGUCGAUGCCGAGACUGAACCCCAGCCCAAGUGGCGGGAAACUGAGCAGCAGCAGGGUGUCUGAAAGUCCCGGCACCCCCCACCUCCGCCGUUUGGGACUUUCUCAUUCUGUCCUGGAAGAGGAAAAAAGGGAAUGAAAAACGCAAAUCCGCUCGACCCGUCAAUGGAAGCCUGCGGCGAAACAUCGAUCGUCUCCGGACUCGAUUAUUCCCAGCCCGCUUCUGGCUGCUGUCCCACAGUCCACCCUCCUUAAACUUCAGCCCGUCCGAAACUCCGCUGCCCCUAACUCGCACCGAUCUA